ACAUAACUCGAUUAUUAUUGUAAAACAGCUGUUUAAGUAACAUAAAUGUUUAGUAAGAGUAACAUAGUGUUUUUAAAUCGAUAUGUUUUUUUUGCAUAAAACCGCAAAAAUAUCUCUUCAUACCACUAAAAAACAGUUCAUUUUUUCACAAUGCUUACUAAGCUUCAAUACAAAUACUGAAGAUCAGACUGCAGAUAAUCGUAGCGGUUUUGCAAAAGCCUUUGAAAAGCACGCUAUAAAGCCGUCCCCUGAAAAACCGGAUAAUGAGUCUUUUGCGUCUUUGCUGAGGAAAUCUAAACUUGUGGAUUUGGGCGAUCCUCAAAGUAAGAUUGUAAGUGGAAAAAUCUUCCACGUAGUUGGCGACGAUUUGUAUAUCGAUUUUGGGUGGAAGUUCCAUUGCGUGUGUACGCGACCUAUGCGUAACAGUGAUGAAUAUGUACGAGGCGCUCGAGUACGUUUGAGAAUCAAGGACUUGGAAUUAUCUACUAGAUUCUUGGGAUCUUCAAAAGAUUUAACUAUACUGGAAGCUGAUUGUCAAUUACUAGGAUUAAUCUCAUCACCAGCUCGUCAAGGGGUGAUGAAAGCUUCUACAGAUUAAAGCAUAUAAAAUAUUAAGAGUAAAAUGAACUUAAGAAAUUAACUUUAUUAG